AUUAAGAGAGGGGAAGAACCUACGUGUACAUAAAUUUGGGGCAUCUUUACAUAGGAAAAUGUGGCCGUGUCAGCAAUGUCGUCGCCACUCAGGGAGUGAGCAACUCGGCGGUUUUACGUGUAACUAAUAUUUCAGAUUUUUGGAACCUACCCCCAGCUGAUCGUAAAAGUGAACUGUUUUCGAUUCACUGACUAGUAGUAUCACUUUGUACAGUUAACUGUAAUAUUUUCAAAAUGAACGAUUAUACAUUUAGUCAGACUCAAUCUACAAUCUACCAUCUCUAAGUUUCAUAUGCGAAACUUAGAUAAUAUACUUGAAUCUUGAACACAAACAUGACAACCGCCGACAUACAUGGACCUGAAUACAGUGGAUGCGUGGUUCGGGAUUUGGCAACAUCUGGAGUCUAGUUCAGAUUUGGCUAUUUGAUAUAAUUAUCUCCAUUGUUUUCUCUUCUUAUAGAUUUAUAGUCAACUCGUCACAUACUCACAUGUGGUGGUCAGGGCUGAGUUAGUAGCGGUGCUGCUAUAUAUGAUGAUCGUUUGCAUUUCGCUAGAGAUUUUGUGAAAAUCAUGUUCGAGUACUGAUGGAUGAUCUAACCUCCUUGCAUUUUCUCCCUCUUUUGGUCCAUGUUGAAAGUUACUCAUUUUCUGCAUCAGAACGAGAAACAGACCAACAUGCUGCUGAUACAUCAGAACGAGAGAAAAAAAGCCCUCGCGUGAGCUUGCCCAUAUCUAUUCAAUGUGAUGUUCAAGCGCUUGUAGUAAUAUUUAAGGACACAUAGCCUUAUGGAGUGUGGAACGGGGCAAGAGACAAUUGUGCCAUGUGGAGUGACCAGCAUGCUUGCGGUUAACCAAGCUGACUCGCUGUGGAGCAAAUUGGACCGGCUUUCCACCGUGGCAACUCAAGCGAAUAAAAUUUAGUCUGCAAAGCUGUACUUGGAGUAAGAACCUUCUCUUUCAACACUCACCAGCAGAGUCACCCACGCUAAUUCAUAAAGAAGUGCAGAAAAUUGCACCGGUAAGGCCCAUCACUAUCUCUGAGUAAUCAGUUUGUAGGACUCUCUUUCUCUAUCUCUCUCUUACUCGAUUAGAUACUAAUUACCACACAUUAGUUAAUUCCCGAAAUCCCAGACUAAUACGAAAAAUAAAUGCACAUAAUCACAUAAAACGGCGAAUUUGGUUUCAGAAAUGAAAGGAAUACCAACAAGUUUUUUUACGAAGAAAGGAAUUCUAGUAUUCAUCGACGUUCAUGAAGCCAAAAGUGUUCAAGAAGAGUGUCACAGUUUCUAUUUCUGCCGUGUAUUGCAGUGCAAUGUAAUAAGUUUUUCCAUUUACCUGGGAAGGCUAAAGAUGAAGUGCAAAACAAAAAAAGAACUAUUUUCACUGCCGUACGUGAGUAUUCAAGUGUGAACUGAAAGUGACUGCCAAUUCCUUCAUGCUGCUCAUCUUGUCUUCGUUGAGAUACUGAACCAGCAUUAAACAAAUCAUGACAGCUUUCAAACAGAGAAGGAACUAAAACGGAUUAUUAAAUGCAGAACGAAAUUCUUCAGAACUGUGGCCCGCUGGACUCAUCAAGUCGUUCCGGGUAGCUCAUGCCUCAUAUAUAAGUACACCUCGUGUGUAAUAGAUUUACAUCGCAACUGAUUGUCUUCACCUCAGCAGCUUCAUCCCUAGAAGCCAUUCACUAGCUUACUGCACAAACGGUACAAGGAUAGCCAGCCUUUGUAAGUUUGUGACCACUUGCAACAGGCUGUAGGGUUCAUACCUUUGUGAGAUAUGGAGGGAGGAAAUGAUGUCAAUAUGGAGAAAUCAGAUGAGAUCCUCCUUCCAGGGUUCCGGUUUCAUCCUACCGAUGAAGAGCUGGUCAGUUUCUACCUCAAGAAGAAGAUCCAGCAAAAGCCUAUCUCCAUUGAGCUCAUCAGGCAAUUGGACAUCUACAAGUUUGAUCCAUGGGAUCUGCCAAAGCUUGCGAGCACCGGCGAAACGGAGUGGUACUUCUACUGCCCAAGGGACCGGAAGUAUCGCAACAGCGCGAGGCCAAACCGAGUGACAGCAGCUGGGUUCUGGAAAGCCACAGGAACCGAUAGGCCGAUCUACUCCUCCGAGGGCACCAGGUGCAUAGGCCUGAAGAAGUCCCUUGUCUUCUACAAAGGCAGAGCGGCAAGAGGGAUGAAAACCGACUGGAUGAUGCACGAGUUUAGGCUUCCUUCGCUCGCCGAUCCAUCGCUUCCCAAGAGACCGAUCGACAAGAACAUCCCGCUCAACGACUCUUGGACCAUAUGCAGGAUCUUCAAGAAGACCAGUUCCAUGGCGCAACGGGCGCUCUCUCAUGCUUGGGGGCCUCCAUUGGCAACUGAGCAAGACCUCUUCUCUGGGAUGCAAUCGGUGCAAGCUUCACAUUUUGCAUCCGAGAGCUCCCCUUCAUUGCAAGCUGCAGCGGCACCAGCAAGUCAGUUCAUCACCAGCAAAUAUGGCUUCCAGGGACAGCAACAGUUUCAGAAAGCCAGCAACACACAGGAUGGUUCUUCAUGCAAGGUCAUAAGCUUCAACUGCAAUCCAGCUCAGGAAGUCCAGAAAGGUCCCAUCAUCUUGCCAUUCCAGGCACAGCCAUCACACAAGCCCGCGCACGCUGCACCACAGCUCUUCGACGCGCAGUUUGGGCAGCCUGAGCAUAUCGCUGGGUUUGUGAUUGAUUCUUCUGCGGAUGUGAACUUCGGAAUGAGCUGCAGGAACCAAGAGUCGUCCACAGUAAAGCCUGGCAAUACCUUCAACAUGACCAAUGAGUGGGAGGCUCCAGGAAGGCUCAACUUCCCAUUCGAUUUAGGAGUAGACUCUCCAGAUGACUGGAAGUGCAACAUACCUUGGGAAUCCUUCCUUAGCCCAACUGUGCCUGCCGAGAUGCCACAAUACUAGAUGCCUUGCCCUACAGAGAGUGGGAGGUGUUUGUCCAUAUACUAGCUUAGAUGUACAGAUACAGUGAGUCGCCUUCAUCUGUUAGCGUUUCUGUUAGCAAAGACUUUCAGUUUUGGGUUUACAUGUAUUGUACAUAGUGAGAUGUACCCUUGUUAACAGCAGAGCUAACAGAGAGAAGGACAUAUAUAUAUACCUUGGUGUACUGUCUAUACAU